AGUCCACAUUUCUUCUCAUUACCCCCUCACACCACCGAUUUUCAAGUGCCCCGAUCAUCAUCUACAGUAGACCAAGAGCUCAAGACAAGAUGGCCACGCAACCCGACGGAAUCUCUCAUCAAACAGCUACGGACGAUAAUUUACCUAGCACUGCUGUACAACCCGUAAAAGAUUUUCGGUUCUGGGGCAUCUUUGCUUCUCUGUGUCUCCUCUCUUUCAUAUCAGCUUUGGAUGUUUCCAUCAUUACCACUGCCCUCCCCAAAAUCACAGCUGAGGUUGGGGGUGGUGAAGAGUUCGUGUGGAUUGCGAACUCAUUCAUAGUCGCCUCUGCUGUUCUACAACCUUUAUGUGGCCAGGCCGCUGACGCUUUCGGCCGGCGAGUUCCCAUCAUUGCAGCCACCACGCUCUUCCUUAUCGGGAGCGGUCUCGCUGGCGGUGCGUACAAUGUAGGCUUACUGAUCGCCGGGCGCACCAUCCAAGGCGUGGGUGCCGGAGGCAUAUAUGUCCUCAUUGAUAUCGUAUGCUGUGACCUGGUGUCUCUGCGCGAGCGAGGGAAAUACUUAGGUCUCAUGUUCUCUUGGUCAGGGGUUGCAGCCGCUCUAGGUCCUCCUGUUGGCGGCGCUUUAGCCCAAGCGAACUGGCGCUGGGUUUUCUGGAUUAAUAUUCCCAUCUGCGGCGUGGCCCUGGUUAUGCUCUUACUAUUCAUGAGGGUAAAGAAGGGAGAGCAUGGGUCAACCAAGACUCUCCGCUCAGGAGCCAAGGGUCUGGACUACUUUGGAUCCCUCAUAUUCAUACCGAGCUUGAUAUCAUUGUUGUUGGGCUUGAUCAUGGGCGGCACGCGAUUCCCAUGGUCUUCAUUCCGUGUUAUCCUACCCCUCGUGUUGGGGGUUGUCGGAUGGGCGCUGUUUCAUGUUCACCAGCAUUACUUCGCCUCUCACCCUAGCGUGCCUUCACGACUCUUUAGCAACCGCACAUCUGUGACAGCAUUCCUUCUCACAUUCACGUCCUCUGUUAUAUUACAAAUGACCUCAUACUUUCUUCCUUUCUAUUUCCAAGCCGUGCUUGCCACCACAACCUUGGAAUCAGGCACAUAUUUCCUUCCUUUCGCCCUAGGGUCUCUCGUUUUCGCCGUUGUUGCGGGCAGUCUGUUAACCAAAUUUGGAGCAUACCGACCACUGCACGCAGUUGCGUUCGCUUUUUCUUCCAUUGCCUUCGGUCUUUUUACGCUACUAAACAGCUCCACUACGAAGGUUGCCUGGGUAUUUUUCCAGUUAAUCGCCAGUGCCGGUUGCGGUAUGAUUCUGUCCGUUCUUUUACCUGCUAUCAUGGCGGGCUUGCCCGAGUCCGAUGUUGCUUCCGCAUCAGCUACAUUCAGCUUUAUAAAAAACUUUGGGUAUAUUUGGGGGGUGACUAUUUCUGGUAUCAUAUUCAACGCUGCCUUUGACCAAAAUCUACGCCUCAUCUCGGAUCAAGGACUUCGUGGACAAUUGAGCGGUGGUAAAGCAUACGCUUUUGCGAGCCAGGUGCAUGCCCAAAAGGCGACACUUGAUCCGCCUGUGCUAUCUCAAGUCAUGGCGGUGUACGCCAAAAGCUUGAGAAUCAUCUGGUGGGUUGGCCUCGGCAUCAGCCUGGUAAGUAUGUUGGCUGUUUCAUUAGAAAAGAAUCUGGAAUUGCGAACAGAGUUGAAGACAGAAUACGGCAUCGAGAAGAGAGAGAAUGGAUCAAAUGCGAAUGACGAAGAUAUAGGAAUGAACAGUAGUGUACAAUGAAAAGCUGGCCCGGGUCUUGUAUGGGAUUUGUGCAAACAAGGUUAACUUCGUAUUGUGAAGAGCGAGUACGCUGAUUUGAAACACUCUACGGUGUCCGACAAUAGCUGUACGUACGCUGUAUGUACUUCGUACGGGACUUGUAUUUAUUCAAAGAGGUUUAAUGCCUCCGCUUUCAGCUUCAGGCGUUUAACUGAUGCACUGUUCUUACACUGCCGAUUGCAUUCAGUGGAUAAUGGAGACUUCACCACGCCAACAGCCUUGGACUCCUAAACGGAUUGUUCACGAGCUAAUGGCGAUUUAGUUUGGCUUUGUACAUGCGAUGGCUACAACAAUAACAUUUGCCGUUCACGACCUUUUGUCCUCAUCCGAGCUAUAUGGAGCCGCUCCGUCAAGAACUGGUUGCGU